CAGACCACAACUUCCCCUGUUGGCAGUGAAGUAUGCAGCGCUUGAGUGCUCUCUAGAACUCGGACGGAAAAAAAAACCCACCCACAAGUCGCUGUGUUUGCUGUGUGUUGGCCACUUAACAGAGCCAAGUCGUCCGUGUUGAGCCUGCGUUACCAUGGCCGUGUUGGGCAGGAACCCGUUACUGGUGGUCCUUCCUCUGUGGAUGAGUUUUGGGAGAGCAGCUGCAGCUCUAACAGAGCCACAGAUCUGUUACGUGCUGGAUGGUAUCCUGUUUUUGUACGGUAUCAUCCUGACGGCUCUCUACUGCAGAAUUAAGAUCAUCAAUGCUAAAGAGGAUGCAGCCAACAACGGAAAGGGCAAGCAGGUUGCUGAAGAGGACCUCUAUACGGGUUUGAAACCUCAUGCCCAGGACACUUAUGAAACUAUUGGAAUGAAGAAGUGACACGAUGAGCGAAAGUCCAAGAUGUGCAUGCACCACUGUUUUCUUGUUGCUUUUUUAGAAUUAAUAGGAAGUUAAGAAGGACGGCACUGUAAAAGGGAAGUUGAGCCCAAUAAAGGCAUUCUCAGAAAUGCUUACCUAUGCUGUUAUAAGUUGAUGUUUUUUGCAGCUGUUGCACAUAUUUAAUUUUCAUGCAAACAUGUUUUUAAAACUUUAAUGCUUCAGACAUCCUGUAUUGUACUGCUUAUAAACAAGAAAUGAAAUGGCUGUUAUAUAUUUCCUGUGUAUAGACCGUCCAACUAACUUCCUCUUUUAGACCAUUUGCAAGAUGUCUGCCUUUUUUUGGCUCCAAAAGCAUUCUAGUUUUUUGCAAGAUGGUAGAUGGUGAAUAUAGUUAAAGCUCAAGCCUUAUAUCGAUACUGAGCAGUGUUUCCUGCACACCACAGGAUGGCAGUGAUGGUGUCUUUGGUGAGGUCCUUACCUGUCCAUACUCUCACACACACACACACACACACACACACACACACACACACACACACACACACACACACACACACACACACACACACACACACACACACACA